AAAAUCAGAUUUGGGUCCAAAAAAAUGGACUUAGUGUAAAAGCGGUUUUCCAUUUUUCCCCAAACUAGCUUCGUUGGCGCGCAGGGAAGAAAAAAGCACCAGAGAUAGAGGGAGCUUUCUUCUUCUCACUUUUUCUCUUAGGGCUCCUGUUUAUAGGUUUUAUGCUUUAGCAAUGAAGCUUGCAGGACUGAAAUCGAUUGAAAACGCUCAUGACGAAUCAGUAUGGGCAGUUACUUGGGUUCCUGCAACUGACGCCCGACCUGCUCUUCUGCUCACUGGAUCUCUCGACGAGACUGUGAAAUUAUGGAGGCCAGACGAGCUCGUCUUGGAGGGUACCAACACGGGUCACUGCCUCGGCGUGGUCUCUGUCGCUGCCCAUCCUUCCGGAGUGAUCGCAGCUUCUGCUUCUCUCGAUAGCUUUGUUCGGGUUUUUGAUGUCGAUACAAAUGCCACAAUCGCCACUCUCGAAGCUCCACCGUCGGAAGUCUGGCAAAUGCGGUUUGAUCCCAAGGGUACCAUUCUAGCAGUUGCUGGUGGAGGCAGUGCAUCCGUCAAGCUGUGGGACACUGCAACAUGGCAACUAUUAGCCACCCUAGCUGUUCCACGCCCUGAAGGAUCCCGGCCCUCUGAUAGAAGUGGCAGUGGUAAGUUUGUCCUCUCAGUCGCAUGGAGUCCAGAUGGGAGAAGAUUGGCAUGCGGUUCCAUGGAUGGUACAAUCUCCAUCUUUGAUGUAGCCCGGGCGAAGUUCCUCCACCAUCUGGAAGGCCAUUUCAUGCCCGUGCGCUCACUUGUGUACUCCCCAAUAGAUGAACGGGUACUUUUUUCAGCUUCAGAUGAUGCGCAUGUGCACAUGUAUGAUGCAGAGGGUAAGACCCUGGUUGGGGCUAUGUCAGGUCAUGCAAGCUGGGUUUUGAGUCUGGAUGUGAGCCCAGAUGGUGCGGCACUAGCCACAGGCUCCAGUGACCGCACUGUGCGGCUUUGGGAUCUAAACAUGAGGGCCGCUGUACAAACAAUGAGCAAUCACACAGACCAGGUCUGGGGAGUGGCAUUCCGCCCACCAGGGGGAACUGGUGUCCGGGCAGGUCGGCUUGUGAGCGUGUCAGACGAUAAGAGCAUAUCUUUGUAUGAUUACUCAGGAAGGUAGCAAGUUCGUUAAGAUGGUGGGAUGCUGAUGAUUUGCUUCUGCUUCAACAUGUGCCUUUAGCUUCUUGCUAAUUUUUAUUUUUAUGUUUCGAAAAAAACUGAAAAAGUUUUGUUCUAUUUAUCAAUUUCUAAUUCUAAUUUAUCUUUGAUUUUGCUGGCGGAAAUGUUGUGAUCAUGGAAUGCAAGGAACUUUAACAUGUUUAAGUUGUGAAAUGUUUGACUUUAUCAUUUUUUUU